UAACUCUGCGCUUCCAUAUGUUUAAAGAGCCUUUACGAAUUCGCUUGUUUUCGAAAACAAACUUUUGUUGUGUACCAAUUAAUUCUGGAUUGCUAAAAAGUUCUUAAAGUCAGUUUUACAGAGGAUAUCCUGUUCUUUGCCAUGAAUCAUUUAAAAUGGAUGGGUCAUCUUACAACCAUUGAAAAUAUAUACAAAUCGUUGGAGGGUGAAGGUGACGUAGUCAUAACUUCCAAUGGAAGCUACCUGCGUGCUCAUCGGAUUGUACUCGCAUCGUCCAGUGAGAUGCUACGUUCUGCACUACAGGAUUUGCCUCUAGGAGAAGAAGCUACCAUAGUGGUGCCCGACAUAAGAAUUGAUGUACUUCAAAACAUCUUACAUUUUAUAUAUAACGGAGAGUCUUGCAUAAUUGCUGAAAAUUUAUCAGAGUUUUUGCAAGCCAUUAACGUGUUGGGCAUUACAUCGGAAGUAAGUUUCUUUCGGUCUCCCAAGGACGAUACAGAAGCAAAUGAAAACGAAGUAGAAUUUGUAGGUGAUAAAACAGCGGAGGAUAUUCUUAUUAAUGAACCGUUUGGCGUUUGCAUAGACUAUGAUGAUAAUUCACAAACUUCUGAUAAAUCUGAAAGUAAACAUAUAAAACAAGAUGAAGAAGAAAGUAAAAUGACAAAUUUAGAAGAAGAAAUGAAACUACUAACUGAAAAUUACAGUCAAAAUGACUCAAAUGAUUCGAAUAGUUUAGAUGAAGUGGAAGAGCCUGCAAGUGGAUCAGUGCAUGAAAUAGUACAGAAUGCCUAUGAUUUAGCUGUGGAUGCUGUGAUCUCACAAGGUUUAAGUUUGAAAAAAUCGGCUGAAAAAUUUGGUUUGUCUAAAACUGUUCUAUGGCGACGUGUACACAAAUCACCCUACUAUGUGAAACCAGAACGUAAUACAUCGAUAUUAAAACAGGCAUAUGAACGCUUAAAAAACGGGGAACAGUUAAAACAUGUUAGUCAAGAUUUAAAUAUACCAAUUUCUACACUUCACAGGCAUAGAUCACGUUUAAUUAAAAACGGUGAUUUGCCUGAUAAUUUAAAUCAUAGAAGAAUCAGUAGUAGCGAAAAGAAAGACUUAAGGCAAAGGUUAUUUAACGCUAUGAACGUCUGCAUCCAUGAAGGUACUUCUCUGAAUCAAACUGCAAUAAUGUUUGAUCUUCCCAAAAGUACUCUUUGGCGACAUUUGCAAAAACGCCAAGAAGCAGCAAAAUUAACAAUGGGAAUAACAGAUACCGAUGUAGAUGAUAUUGAUAACAACACAAAUUAAAAUAAUUUAUUUAAACAAUAUCUUUUCAUAUUGAAGACAAUAUUGUUUUAGAUAAUAUAUGUUUAAAACGUAAUCAUAUUGAAUAUGGGAGAUUUAAAAUAAUUUUAAACGUUUUGAUAUAAAAUAAAAAUAGA